UCAGGUCUUUCCGCUCCCGCCAAACCUAGGAGAAUCCGGCGGCGGGGGCUACCUCAGCCGGGCCAGCAUGGCGUUUCUCUUCAACAAAUUCCAGGAGGCAAUCAGAACACUUGCAAAAAGUCCAAGGUUCGCUCGAGACCCACGGCAUCUUCAGUUUGAUGCUGACGUAAAUCGUUUGUUUCUCUAUACAAGCUACUAUCGCUUGGGAGAGAAUUCUGAAGAAAAGGAUGCUGAGGAGAUUAUUGACAUGGCUAGCAAAGCAUCUGUUACUGACCAGCAGAAACAAGUGCAGGAAAAUGUUAAUUACCAACUUAAGCAUAUAUGCAAAACUAUGGAUAACAUUCUUCGUCCUGAAACAAAAAAGGAUCCAUCGCAGUCUCCUUCAGGUGCUCAUAAUAAUUCUCGGCGAAGUGGCUUGAGUUUGGCCGUUGGCACAGGAGUUGCAAAUGCAAACAAGCCAGCUGUACCUGCUACUCGACCUUUAACUCGAGCUGAAUUGUCAAACAAAUUCAGGGCUCAGUUGGGCUACACCCUUGACAUCAAGCCAUCAUUAAUUCCUCACAAAGAUGCAGGUCAGGGUCUAUUCUUAUCUGGAGAAGCUAGCGUUGGUGCUGUCCUAGCCAUCUACCCUGGAGUUAUAUAUUCACCUGCUUAUUAUCGAUACAUCCCUGGGUACCCAAGAAUUGAUGCAUGCAACAGCUAUCUUAUUACAAGAUACGAUGGAACGAUAAUCAAUGCGAAGCCAUGGCACUUAGGUGGUGAAACAAGAGAAAUAUGGGAUGGUUCAAAUUCAGUUGACUACAAUACAACACCACCCAAAAGCCCAGAGAGCAACUCUGAUCGGGCAUGGAGGAUGCUUAACAAGCCCCUGGAGAAAAGCCGCAGUGAAAACUUUGGGGAGGUGCUUGAACGGCGAAAUCCGCUAGCUUUUGGCCAUUUUGCGAACCAUCCACCAGCAGGGUCAACUCCUAAUGUCAUGAUCUGCCCAUAUGAUUUUCCGCUGACAGAGAAGGACAUGCGAGUAUACAUCCCGAAUAUUGCGUUUGGCGGUGAUGAGGCUGUUACAAUGAAGAGAUUUGGUUCCUUCUGGUUCAAGUCCAGAGGUUCUGGUAAACAAACCGAGGAGUCGCCUGUUGUAAAGACGCUUGUGCUAGUGAGUACAAGGUCCAUAUGUGAUGAAGAGCUCUUCCUGAAUUACCGGUACAGCAGCACAAAGGCGCGACCGGAGUGGUAUACCCCAGUUGACGAAGAAGAGGACAAGAGGAGAUGGAGCUAGUUCUGAAACUCUUAGCUGUACCGGUCCGCAUGUAAUGUUUUUGCCAACAUAUGUAUGGUUGUUCCCAUGAGGCGGUAAAUUGCAACAGAAGACUGGUAAACUCCAGAAACUGUUACGGCAAUUCUUUUUUAUGUCCGCAGGCUGCUUGAGGAAAGUGAAGUGCCUCUGUCAUAUUUCUUCUCACAAUUAUUUUUGUAGCAAUAAGAGAAACACCAAUGAUGUUAUGCUCUUUGAACUAGUUUAUUAUCCGUCCCAACUUACUAGUAAGGGAAUAUUAAUGGGGUAAUUAUGUUGUUUGAA